AUGAUUAACGGUGGGUCAACCCAAGAUAAUGGCGAAAGGGACAAGGCUGAACGUCAAGCCGUAACCAAUGUCCAACGCAAGUUCUGCGAAAUGUUGUUCCUUGGUAUAUCUGUAAUGAUGCAGAUCCUGGCCUCAGGCACCAAUGUAGUAAUUCAAAGCGUUAAUACUACGAAAGGCGAUAACGAAAAGACUGUGAUAAGUCAGUAUUUGACCAAGGAGUACAUGAUCCUUUACGUCGGUGUUAUUAUAGCAGUAAGUUUUAGCCCUUUUAAAAUAAUGUUGAUUCUCUGAACUUUAUGUCUUUUAAAGUCGAAAAACCGUUUUUCUAAUUAAUUAGGUAACAAAAUUUUGUUUAGUUGACUGGGUUUAUAUCAAAUAUAAUUGGAAGCGCUUUUGUUGCUGUGGGUCUUGACAGAAGGUUUGGUAACGCUUGGUACAGGGUAAGUUAAGUUUUCUCUAAUAUAAUACUGAGCCUUCAAAAACAAAAAGGUAUCAUGUACUAUUUUUCGCAGUGCAUUAAGCUGUUUCUUUUUAUUUUGCCUUAACUGCAAUGUAUUAGGUUGUUAGGUAAGUCGUGGGCCCCCUUUCGACACCAAAUUUCGAAAAAUCAGAAAAAAAAUAAACAUAUUUCAUAAGUUGGGAAUUUUGAUGUUCUUCUAUAGUUUAAAACCUAGAUUUUCAGAAUAUGUAAGUUUCAACCCUUUUUUAAUUUUUUGUUUUGCUGUUAUAGACGUUUGAAGAUAAUGAACAAAUCAUGGAUGUGGGCAGUGAUGUGGCAUGA